GGCAAAUGCAACCACUGUGGUAAGACAGGCCAUAAGGAAAAGGACUGCUGGAGCAAAUACGGGAAACCCGACAAUUCUAAAAAAUCCACCUACGAGAAUAAGAAGUUUAACAAGGUUCAGAUUAACACUAUCGAAACCGUACCCCAUAACUUACUCAGUUGGACCGGCUGCUAUGACGAUCAAUGUCUUAUGCAUAAGGAAGAAAAGGAAAUGACGAAGUGGUACCCCAAGGCACCCAAA